AUGGCAUUUGAUGUCCACCGAGUCCCAAAUCUUCCUCAACCAAUCCUUCAUUAUGACAUUAACGACAAAAAGGAAGCUUGGAGAUUGGCUGUUCGAAUCAUUGAUUCAUGGAGUGUUGUUAAUAGUAAGAUUAUCGAACAUUUGGAGAUGGUUAUUGUGGAUCCAGCGGGUGAUAGGAUUCAAAUUUUGAUUUGUGUUGAUCUUACACCUAAGUGGAAAUCAAGAAUUCAAGAAAAUAUGACUUGCAUAAUCAACAACAACACUGUUUUUGAUAAUAUUUUUCAUUGGAAGUUGUGUGAUCAUUUUAAAAAAAUUGUGUUUCUUGAUGGUACGAUUUUAAAAGCUAUAAAUGUUCAAAAUCUUCCUCCUAUGAGGUAUUAUUUCAAAGAGUUUUCUGAAAUUCUUAGAGGCAAAUGUCAGCUUAACAGACUUGAAGAUGAUAUUAGUGUUAUACAUGAGAUCAACAAUAUGCAAUCAAACACACCAGGAAAGAAGACAUUUGUUUCACUCAAUCUGAAAGAUUUGAGUGGUAACUUUGUUAACUGCACAUUAUGGGAGAGCUAUGGAUGUAAAUUUUUGGACUAUUACAACGACGCGAAUAAUAGUGGUGCUAUUAUUAUCAUACUAACUCAUGCAAUGAUCAAGGAUUCACAGGGUUUGUUCAUCUUUAUUAUUGGUGAAGAUGACCCCAUGGUAUAUCCUGAUGAGCUUGACAUGCUUUUGGGAAAUAAGAUGACUUUCAGAGCUAAAGCUCAGAGUCUUCCUGUUAGGCAAAAUGGUGUCAUUGAUCAUGUUGAUAUUUCCAUGGAGUCGUUAUCAGCAUUUGGAGAAAAUGAUCCUGACAAGAGUUUGGCUAGUACGCCUUCAAAGGAUGUCUCUGCUACUGUUGAUGUUGAAGAUUCGGAUUUUUAG